GUCUCGUCAGUAUGAGCAGCACAUUACAUCCGUGUAGUCAUUUGAUGGAAUGUUGAUUUCUUCUCAGGGAUUACCAAUCUCAUAUCUUUGAAGUGAAUGAAUCAGGUAUUCAAGUGCUGUCGAUAAAUGAUGCCAGUGAUACAUCUCAAAUGACGUGGAUAAGAUGAGACGACUCUCACCCAAGAGCCUCACAUUCCAUAUUGACCGUCGCCACAAAACGAUGACAUCCACGGCCCCGCCGGCGCCCUGGCGCGCCCUCUUCCUCGACCAUGUCAACACCACGUCGAACAACGGCGCAGAACCAAUGGAAUUCACCCUCGCCACGCUGCACCCUUUGCCUUUACCCUCGUCGCCUUCGCCGCCUUCGCCGCCUGCACAGACAUACGUCCCCCGCGCACGAACCUGCGUCUUCCGAGGCAUGUUCGGCACCCUGCCGCCCAACGAGCGGAACACGGCCCCGCGCAACCGGGAAGGGGUGGACUCCGACAUGGUGGCUUUCACGACCGAUGCGCGCAUGGCGAAGGUGCCGGAUUUUUUCGGCGCCGCUGCCCCGCGUGCGGGGACGUUGGGGUCUGGCGGAGGAGGGCCGGUCGAGGCGGUCUUUUGGGCUCCGGGGAGGAAAGGGGAGGGGGAGGGGGAGGGGGAGAGGGGGAAGGAGGUUAUGACGCAGUGGAGGAUUCGUGGGGAGGCGUAUGUCGUGGGGCCUGAUAUUGAAGGGGGCGACGAGGGGCCAGGGGAAGGAGAGAGGGGAAGGGAAUGGGGCGAGGAAAAGUUGAAGAGGUUUCUCCUGUCGCAGAUGCGGGAUGCGACAGGCGAGGGCGGAGAAGGGUUCAGUUUCGCGAGGGAGGUCACGGCGCAUUUCGGCAACUUGGGUCCCCUUAUGCGCGGAUCGUUUGCGAAUCCCCCGCCCGGGACGCCGAUUUCGUCUGAGGGAACGGACGACCCGGCCGAGAGGGUGGGGAGGAGAGUGGAGGACUUGCAUGAUCCCGUUGCCCGGGGGAAUUUCCGGGUCGUGAUCAUUGUGCCCCGAGAGGUGGACCAGGUCGACCUCCGCGACCCGCAGAGACCGAGACGGUGGCUUUACCGCCGGGUCCGGGCCGAGCCCGGUGGGGGGGACGACGGGCUUGUGGGAGGGGAAGGGAAAGCGAAAGAGGCGGGGAGGGUACGGGAUGGGCAGUGGGAGAAGAUUGAGGUUUGGCCAUGAUGGCUUGUUAAUCUGUUGAGUGGCUAUAGGGUUAGUUCAUUUAUGUUCUACCUCAGCUUCGCUCGGGUUAAAAUCCUAGGUGAUAGAUCCGUCUUUGCAAACAAACAGCCGCGUAUAGAACCUUUUUUUCUUGCGAGAAA